AUGGGUUGCGGAGCAAGUAAUAGUACGCCUCGUGUACAAGCACCAACAUUAAACAAAAAGUCAGCACUACCAGCAAUUCAAUCACAAUCCAAACCGAAAUUACCGUCAGCUAAAUCAAAUGGAUCAAGUGAUAGCGGAAUCGAAGAUUCAGAACCAAUUAAAAAACCGCCUAUGUCAUCGAAAAUUCCUGUCCCAUCUGAAAAUUUACUCAUUGAACAUCAUCAAAAAUCUCGCUUAGGCUACGGUGAAACAUUUGAAAUUAUUACUACACCGAAACCAGGUGCUCUAGCGCCAUUAAAACAUGUUCCGAAAUUUCUUGCUACUACUAAACAACCGUCCAUUGCUGAUCCUGACCUACAAGCUAAAUUGGUUGAGAAACAAGAACGUGCUUCACGCAAACGUCAGGAAAUUGAAGAAGCACGUCGACUAGCAUCAUCAAGAAUAGGACAUCGAGUAUCAACAAAGCCAGCAACAUAUCCUAUAACUACGACCGACUCAUUUACAACAACAUCCAAACAUGAUGAACGUCAUCAACAAUUAUCAAUGCUUCGCGACCAACUUCGGCAUAGCAGUAAUAAUAGUCUUUAUGAUCCCAUGCAUACUCCACGUACUUCUCGCCCUGAUUCUAUCACAAGUGGAACACCGGAUACUGCAAACAUGACACCACGUCGUGGUGGCUUUGUGAUCGGUGCUACAACGGCUUCAAAUUUCAAACCAGUUUAUGACUAA